AUGUUCCCUCUCAGCAACGCACCAACUCCACCACGAGGAGCAUAUGAUGUGGUCAUAAUAGGUGCUGGUAUCUCCGGCAUCAAUACGGCCUUUCACCUUCAAAAUCAGCUACCAAACCUUCGAUACGCAAUUAUAGAGGGGCGAGACAAGAUAGGUGGAACAUGGGAUCUCUUUCGAUAUCCCGGAAUCCGAUCGGAUACAGAUUUGCAGUCCUUCGGGUUUGCCUGGCGCCCCUGGACUGAGGAUCGAGCGAUUGCUGAUGGAGAAUCUAUUGCACGGUACCUCGCCGAGUCUGCAGCCGAAGCCGGAAUCUACUCCAAUAUACACUUCCAGCAUGAAGCCAAGACCGCCAACUGGCGACCUGAAAGUCAGGCGUGGGCGCUAGAAGUUGAGACGAAUGGCCGAAGGCUCGAAAUGGAGGCCCGAUUCCUUGUCCUAGGCAGUGGGUACUACGAUUACAAAGAGCCUCUACAGCCAAAUAUCCCGGGACUGUCUAAUUUCAGGGGCCAGGUUGUGCAUCCUCAAUUUUGGCCCGACAACUUGGACAUGGCCGGCAAACGGGUUGUGAUCAUUGGCAGUGGUGCGACGGCCAUCACACUCCUUCCUAAUAUCGCGAAGGUAGCGAGGUCCACCACAAUGCUACAACGUAGUCCAACCUAUAUUUUAUCGAUUGACAAUGCGACGAAUAACUCUCUUUACACCGAAUACUCCCGAAAUCGUGGGGGAAGCAGACUGGGUGCUGACAUCAUUGUCACUGCGACCGGCCUGAAGCUCGGCUUGGGAGGCAGAAUUCAAUUUUCGGUGGCGGGCAAGGCAGUCGACCUCGCCGACCGCUACGCAUGGCGCAGCGUACUAUUCCAGGAUAUUCCAAACUUGGCUUUCAUGAUUGGUUACGUCAAUGCAUCCUGGACGCUCGGUGCUGAGACAUCUGCCCAGACUUUAUGCCGCCUUCUCAGGCACAUGGAUAGCAAGUCUUUAACCAGCGCUACCCCAAGAAUACCUGCCUCUAUACAGCCUGUGCCGCUGUGGAAUUUAAACUCGACCUACGUGAAAGAGGCAGCCAAUGCUCUUCCCAAAUGUGGUGACUCAGGUCCGUGGGUCGGGAGGUCGAACUAUUUUCUUGAUCUUUUCAAAGCGCGAUUCUCGAGCAUCACGGAAGAUCUGGAAUUCGCUAAAGGGGACUAA